AGCACACUAGUUCCCGGUUGCCGGUCGAUCGCGGUGCCAUAUUUUCGCGGUAUCUUAAGUAAGCGUGACCGGUUAUCAGCGACGUCGGUAAACAUCGGGUUGUGAAGCUCAUCGAAUUCGAUGAAGUGAUACCAGUGCACAUCUUGAACCCUGUGACAACAGGCGCCGAUUUCCUCUGUGUGAUUCUUGAGGGAUACAUCUUCACAAUGACUGAAGCUGCUAAAUCUAUCAAUUACAUCCAAUCGGAGCUGAUUCCGGAAAUGGUAGAACGCUGUGAGUUGACCAUCGAUGGAAUCGACCGGAAUGAUACCGUGCGAUUGGAUUCUGUAGAAGCCAAACCUUUGCAGGCUGAUGGAACGUUCAUGCUGACAGUUUUGUACAAGGUCAAGGUAACGUUGAGCAGUGCAAAAGAUGGUCAUCUUCAACAAGAACAUCGUUUGGUUGUGAAGAUUACCCCUCAAUGCGCAGAGGAGAUGUACAUAGGAUGUCAAUUUGAUACUUUGUUCGAGAAUGAAACAACCGCCUACACCGACAUCAUUCCAACUCUAGGAAAAGCAGACCUGUAUCCCAGAUAUUUUUACUCACAUCGUAAGCCUUUUGAAGCUGUUAUGGUGCUCAGUGACUAUUCCAUCGACGGAUGGAAAAUGGCUCCGAUGGUUGUUAAUCUACCCCUGGAAUACUGUCUGCUGGGAGCUCGGGCGUUGGGACGAUUUCAUGGUGAGUGUUACGCCUUGAAAGAGCAGCACCGUGAAUCGUUCGAUAGUAUCAUUGGCAAGUUUAAGGAAGCACGCUACGGAAGUGAUCCGGGUAAUAUGAAGUGGAUGGACAUCAUGAAAACUGGACCAGUACGUGCGGUGAAGGCCGUCCGUGAAAGCGCUUUCGCCGAAUUGAUUCCGGAUGAAUUUCUGCAGCAGUUUGCCGCUUUGCUUUCCGAUCCUUGGGAGUAUCAGAAGAAGAGUGUCAUUCCGGAGGAGCCACUGGCAGUAAUUUGUCACGGAGACUACCUGCGUAAUAAUAUUGCAUUCAAAUUUGCUGAUGGAAAGACUCCAGAUAAACCAACCCAUGCGAUGAUGUUCGAUUUCCAAACACUCCGGUACGCAUCGCCGAUGAUUGAUUUUGCCACUUUCAUAGCCAACUCAACGGGGUACGACGUGCGGGAGCAGCAUUUCGAAACCAUAUUCAAAACAUACCACGACGAGCUGGUGCAGACGCUUUGCAGUAUUAUCGAGACCGAUCCGGGUGACUUACCGCAGCAUUACAGCUAUGAGUCGUUCCGGAGGGAGUUUACGCAUUAUUAUAUCUAUGGAUUUCUGAUAGCUAGCAGUUUCCUCAUGAUUCUACAUGAGCCAAUGGAAAAUAUUUUCGCAAUGGAAGACUGGACCCUAGAGGAAACCAUCGAGGAUGCCAUGAAGCGUGGGGGAGCCGUCCUUGAUAAGGAGCUCGCUGCAAUGAUUUAUGAAAUCUACAAACUACAUAUUAAAUUCGGAAUGGACCUAAGAUAAUCGGUGUCAAAGUAUUUUUACUGGCAUUUGUUAUUUAAUGGGGUAUUAUGAUUUUUUUUCUUUUCACU